AUGAAAAAGAAAGAAACAGAAUGUUUUGUUUCAUUUCUGCUUGCCUGGUUUUUAUGGAGUGCUGCCAACGCUGCAUUUGUCUCAAAUAUCAAAACGUCGGAUGGAUUAGAAAUUGGCUCACACCAUAAUAUGAUGCAAAACUCAACGAAAAAUGUCACUAAUGAAUCCAGGGCUUUUGAUGAUAGUUCUCGAAAACAAAACAGCGACAAUAUAUUCAGAAACCAAAUAUUCGACAAAUUUGAAACUAAACUUUCAAAAGAACGAAUCUCCACGGAGACGGUCAGUAUAAGAGUUCAAAAUCUAGUUAAAACAACGAUUGAACCUUAUCAUGACUUAAUAAAUAAUAAGGAACAGGUCUUAAAUCAAGAUGGUAUGAAAUUAAACUUAAAGAAGAUUAACGAUGAUGAAAAAACAAGUAGUCAAAGAAAAGAGGAUAAAAAUGAAUCACUCAAGAGAUUAAAUUUUCAAAAACCAGAUGGGGAUAUUGAAAGGACUGAUGCAAAAGAGGAUGACAAAAAGCAUUUAUUAGAUGCACAAGAGACUGAUCAAGCAGAUUUUGAAAAAGACCUUUACGAAACAGUUUUCAGAGAGGUUGGAAGCGAAAAGAAUGCAAAAUCAAAAUUAUUUAGUGAAGAAAUUGAACUGAUGAACUCUUCUUCGGAAGAGGAUUCAGAUGAGAUCUGGGAUGAGCUCUUGCAAAACAUAGAUCUGAAUAGAGACAACGUUUCCAUGUAUUCAGACAUCCACAUUGAACCUCCUAUUUUAGUAGAUGAUGCAUCAUAUGAUGAUGCAAAGGAAGAUGUCUCUAUACGUAACAUUUUAAAACGGGAAUCUUUAUUAAGUUGGAGUAUAGAUUCAAAAUCGAACGAUUAUGAUUCAACAGCUCCCACCGCAAGUACUAAUAAACGUCCUAUCGAAUCUCAAGAUCAACCUCUAAGUCGAGAUCCGACUGAGCGGCCACCACAACCAUCUGAGCCAUCAUCCUCACCCAAAUCCCCAGAAGUUUUACCAAAAACAAUGCAAUCUAACACUGUCCACAGCCAUAUGCUCAACAGGUUAGGUAAACGUCGUCUUCCUAAUGCUCAAAGGCCUAGCAAAGAAAGACCAAGAUUAGCACCACCAAGCUCGGAAGACCAAGCAAGCUCAGAAGCACAGAGCUCGGAACAAUCAAUGUCAGAAGAGGUUUCAAUGCCAACAAGCUCGACCAUUUGCAAACCUCCUUCGCAUUUGAUACACUCCGAUAUACAGUGUACUGAAACUAAUAGCGAAACUGUAUGCGAACAACAAUGCGUGCAUGGUCAUUCGACAAACGAAGGAAUUAAAAGGACUCAUAGAUGUAAUAAAGCAGAACAUAUUUGGAGACCUUCCAGGCUGGUUUCUGACUGCAAACCUUAUGUUGAUUGCACGAUUACCCUAAAAUCUGGUGGACAUAAACGCUGCUAUGGCAAUUAUAAAAAUCAAGGACCAUGGUGUUAUUUAUCUUGUGAUUCAUAUGAAGGUAAAAAACGAGUAAAAAGUGCCUGGUAUCAAUGCAACAUUAAUGGUUCAUGGGAUCCACCUCUGCCACGUUGUGCAAUACCGGGGACAAGGGCCAGAUUGGUGAAAAGACCACGCAUUGCACAUACAGAUGAUGGAAAUAGGCAUAAUCGCAAACCGCCGCAUGGAAGACUACGAAAAAAACGUUAUGUAGCUGAAAAGGAAUCGGAAAAUGAAAAGAACAGCGAAUCUGAAGAGAAAAGUAAUGAUGAAGCUCAAAAGGAAAAUGAAGACAUCUUUAUCUAAUUGGUCAACACAAUUGAGCAAAUUGUAUUUGAUCGUAAUUAAUUACUUGUAAACCUGACUAAAAAUAAUUUUAAUUUACGAUUGCAGUUGUUACUGUCAAUAUCAAAAAUCAUAAUUUAGGAAUAGUAUUUUAAUCACAAUAACAUUUAUUUGUAAGGAGCGAUAAUAAGUAGCUAUGGUAAAUGACUACAAGUGGUUGAUUACUUCUAAUCAAUUACUUUUUUCUCCACUUUGAGGUUUACCAUUGUAAUGCAAUAUUUUGUUUCAUCUAUGCACUUGCCUCAUAACGAUUUAAUAGUUGUAUUGUUAAAUUUUCUUUUAACUACUAGUAAUUUCCAUAUCCAAACUCUUUAUUUUUAAAUUAGAAA